UUGCACUGGAAAGGGAAUUAUUAGAAAUGCACGCAGCCUUCACAAGAUAAUUCCAAAUGGCCAAUACAGUAAUGUAUAAAACAUUGUUGAGUCAGUCAGUGCCCUGCUGGUAUAGUUUGUAUUAUUUGCAACACCUGUAGUGGGGGUGGUGGCGCUGCAGUUAUUAUGAGGACUCUCAUUAUGGCGCACCUCUUUCCUUGAAAAGAGUCGUCGUUUACUUAGGCUUCCGGUAAAGGGCCGUUUUUAACAUAUUUCAGUGCUUGUUAGCAAGGCUGCUCAAAAUGCCGAAGUUUUAUUGUGAUUACUGUGAUACCUACCUUACUCAUGACUCGCCCUCUGUGAGGAAAACACACUGCAGUGGCCGCAAACACAAAGAAAAUGUAAAAGACUACUACCAGAAAUGGAUGGAAGAACAAGCGCAGAGCCUCAUUGACAAAACAACUGCUGCCUUCCAACAAGGGAAGAUGCCCCCAACACCAUUCCCAGGAGCCCCACCUACAGGGGGUGCCAUGAUCCCUCCACCAAACCUCAAUGGCCCCCCACGUCCAGGGAUGCUACCAACACCCCAGAUGGGUGGUCCUCCAAUGAUGCCCAUGAUGGGCGGAAUGGGACCACCACCUGGAAUGAUGGGUGGACCAGGUAUGCGACCUCCAAUGGGUGGCCGAAUGCAGAUGAUGCCUGGACAUCACAUGAUGCGGCCUCCCGGUCACCCAAUGAUGAUGCGGCCAAUGAUGGCACGGCCAGACCGAUAAACUCUCCCGACUCCCUAAAACACACCAUGGGUUUGUUCCACAUGAUCAGUAAAUCUCUUAUUUUCUCACUUAUAAAAUCGGUUAGAUUAGGGAAAUCUAUUGUUGAAUAAGGUGGUCUCAAAUAUAAAAUGUUUGUCUCUGACAAGUGCCACAGUCGCUCACAUGUAGCUAUUUGAUCGUAUAAUUAUUGGUAACUUUGCGUCAAACUUCUACUAAGUAGAUUUGAAGGUAAGGAGCUUUACUGAUCCUGUCAAACUAACCUUUUGGCAAAUCCCUCCCCACUCUACAACUGGUUCUUGGACUUCACUUUACAUAAUGUGUUGGUUAUCUUGCCUUUGCUGUACUAUCCAUUUUCCCUGGAUGGAUUUCAUUUUUAUUAUUCUACAGAUUUUAUAAUGUUCCCUCUGCUUAUUCCCAUUUCCCUGCUCAUUGUUAUUUUGGUGUCUUGGCAAGUGCCCAAGACAAAACGGGAAGUUAUGAAAAUGUUGUUGAAUGUGUUUUAUCAUUCACCUAGAGGUGUAUUAUAAGGUCUCCCAUUUGAUUUGGUUUUAUUUUGUUGGUAGUACCAGUCAGAUGAGCCAGCAGUUUCUUUUUUACAAUUUUAUGAGCCGUUACUAUUGGCUUUGAAUUUGUUGUAUUACGGUCUAUUAAACGAAAAAGCAAAGUUC